UUAAUAGCUCUUAUCAUUUUGUUUCUUAUUCCUUGUAUAUAACAAAAUCUAGAAAAUCCUUUUUAUUUGGCAGCAGAAUAAAGGGAGAACCGUUGAUUGUUGUCCAUUUAAAUCUUAUACGUUGUACCAUUGUAAUUUCUAAUCCAUUGGCGAUGAAUAUUAAUGACGGAAAAGUAUAAUUAUACUUGUGUCAACAAAUGGAUAACAGCGAUAGUUAGCAAGAUAAUUAAUACAAAUUUGUUGCUGUCUAAAUCCUAGGAUCCUUUUGGAAAAAUUUGUUUUUAGUUUUUAUUCUUUUUAGGGGAAAUAGUGGCAAAAAUACCGAAUAUUUUAAGAACUAGUAAUUUAGUACCCAAUUUUUUUUUGUGGCAAUAGUACCCAUUGUCCACUUCCGUUGGUUUCCGUCGCUAUCUAGCCUAAUUCUGUCUUAUUUUGUCCACGUGUACAGUGGAGAUUAAUUCACCAUUUAGUAUUUCGAAAACCAAAAUUUGAAAUAAAAAAAAGUUUUAUUUAGAAACAAAAUAAAAACAACUUGAAAAUUAAAAACAAUGGCAUGUCCAUAAACAACUAAAGAAGAACAAACCCAGAAACACACCUCAUUUCGAAAACAAAACCCAAAUAAAUCCUCAAACCCAGCCACAACUAAAGAAGACGAGUAGCAGUGGAGGAAAAUAGAGGGUGAAAGUUCGUAUUUUUCCAGUGGAUCAAAAGUAAUGGCCCGAAGAUGCAGGGGUGGGACUCGAUUGCGACCGCGACAACAGUGCGAUUGUGGCUUGGAAAGUGUAGUCAGAACCUCUUGGACUGAAGCAAAUCCUGGGAGAAGAUGUCGAACUUGUCGGUUAAUGAAAUCAGAAGGGGGUUGCGAUUUUUUCCGAUGGAUGGAUCCAGAAAUGGCUGAAGGUGGAAGGGUUGUCGUUCCAAACUGGAGAAAAAGAAUUGAGGGAGAAACUUGGAAUACUGAAGAUCUCUUAGAGUCUGAAAUAACAAGUCUAAAUUGUGGGAACAAGUCAAUUAUGGGUGAAGGUCAUGUUUGCAGUGCUUGUGGUCACCUCCUUAAGAAAGAUUGGAUUGGUAUAAGUUGGGGAAAAUUGGUUUUCAUUGUAUUUGUAAUUGUACUAGUCCGGUGUUUGAAAUAUUAGACAUUGUGUGAUUUUGGUUAAAAAAAAAGUACAUGAUACAAGGCAAUGGUGUUUGUUUCAGUUGUCAAAGUGCUAGUUUCAUUGUAUCUGUAAUGCAUCAAGUCUAAAAUGAAUAAAUGCAUUUUGACAAUUGUGCUUGUUCUGGUUAAAUUUUGGUUAUGUUAGUUUAAGUUCAUUAUGCUUAAUUUCACAGAUGCAAAUAAUAAUUUUGACUACAUGGUAUCAUGUGGAAAAUUCAUACA